CCCCAGACCGUCUGUGUGUGUAUGUGCGUGCGUGUGUGUGUAUGUUGCGACUGCCGCUGGUGGUGCCCUCUCGGCCUUUGGCUUGGGAAGCGGGUUUCAUGGACAAAUAAAAUGAUAGAUCAGAUGGACAGACAGAUGGCAGAAAGAGACAUACUGGGAAAAUAUGGCUCAGACUGAAGUACUUUCUUACAGGACCCUUCUGAAUUUGAUGGGUCAGGAAGCUGGAAAACCCACAUGGCCAAAACCAGCAGGAGGCUAUCAAACUAUUACAGGGAGAAGAUAUGGAAGAAGACAUGCCUAUGUCAGUUUUAGACCAUCUCUGAUGAAUCAAGAAAGAUAUUCAAACCAACACACAGAAGAAUGUGAAGGAUUAGAACUAGACAGUGUUCUAAAAGAAAAUUUAUUGUGUUCCAAUCCACAUGUUCCAGUAUGUUCUCCAUUGGUAGAUGCAUCAUUAUUACCAAAUGUUGGAUCAGAAGAACCUGUUUGUGAAGCUGAUUCUAGCCACGCUAUCAACAUAGAUACUUCCAUGUUUUCUCCAACAUGCUACAAUUUGUGUGAUCACCAAAAUGUUGCCAACAAUGAGAGUUCUAAUGACAGUGUGGAGUCUACUUCUGAAGAGUGCAAUAAUCUUCACGGCCAGAAUGGAAUUGCCUUUGUAAACAUUGACUCUUAUGAACCAGACAGCAGUGAUGGAGAGGAAGAUGGCUUCCAAAGUGCUAUCACAUUAGCUAAAGAAGAAACAGGACUAUUUCAAGAAAAACUGGACAAUAUGCUUUCCAGGUUAGAAAAAGAUAUGGACUCCUUCAGUGAUCUGCAGUCACAUCUGCCUAGUUUCAGUCAUACCAUAAGUAAAAGUUUUGAAGAUCUUAGACUGGUGCCUUUUAGAAGACUUUCUAGCAUAGAAUCAGAUACUGUUUAUCAAAAUAAGUCACUUUCAAAACUAUCUAAUGAAGAAACUUUAGCAAAAAAUAACCUUGUUUCUACUUAUGAUUUAGAACAGAGAAACAGUAGUACAGCUGAGCCUACAAUUAGGACACAUGUAGGAAUUUGUAAUGCAUUGAGUACUACAAGCAUGAAGGUGGACCAAGAGAAUUCGGCUGAAUUGGUAGUAAGACCCAAAGUUAGAAAACAGAAUCCUGUUAGCGAGAUUGAUAAAAAACAGUCUGUAAUGAAUGAAGAGGAAGAAAAGAGAAGUAGUAAAAUGUGGACUGAUAAUGUGAAUGACCAUCAAUGCAAUGCUGAAAUUACCUCAAAGCAUAAUAAAGAAAAAAAAUCUAAUAUGAUUUUUGACCCCAAAGAGUAUGAAUUGGCUGAAAAGAAAGGAAAAAAUGAACCAAGGAAACAAAAUACAAGUCUUCAAGAAAAAAGUAAAAUAGAUGAUAGUGCUUUUUGGGACGAAUUUGAAGAUUGUGGUAGAAAUCUAUCUAGUUCCAACAAAGAUGAAGAUGACAGCUCAGAAUGCAGUGAUGGUGAAUGGUCGGCAUCCCUGCCUUCUUAUUUUUCUGUGACUGUGAAAGAUCAGUCCUCCAGUGAUGAAAGCUGGGAGACACUUCCAGGCAAAGAGGAACAGGAACCUGAAGAGCAGAGUGAUAGCAGUGGUGUGGAAGAGGAACAUAAUGAAUUUGGUUUCCAAUCACGGGAACAGACCUCUCUAGAGGACGGAGAGAUUCCUUGGUUGCAGUACCAUGAAGAAAUUGAAAGUAGCAGUGAUGAAGAAAAUGAUCAAGCUAGCCAUUUUGUACAUCCUGGCUUUUUUAUGUUAGAUGGGAACAACAAUCUAGAAGAUGAUUCCAGUAUGAGUGAAGACCUAGAUGUUGAAUGGAGGCUACUUGAUGAAUUUGGGGAUGGUCUUGGGGUUGCUCAAGCAAUUUCGUAUGUGGAUCCCCAGUUCCUUACUUAUAUGGCCUUGGAAGAACGAUUGGCACAGGCUAUGGAGGUAACAAGCAUGUUCAUGGAAAUGACUUAUCAGCGUCUACAGACCGCUCUGGCACAUCUAGAGUCUCUUGCAAUUGAUGUUGAGCAGGCUCAUCCACCAGCUAGUAAAGAGAGCAUAGAUUGUCUGCCCCAAAUUAUUAUUACAGAAGAUCACAACGCUGUAGGGCAAGAGCAGUGUUGUGCUAUUUGCUGUAGUGAGUACAUCAAAGAAGAAAUUGUAACAGAGCUUCCAUGUCGCCACUUCUUUCACGUGACAUGCAUAACACUUUGGUUACAAAAGUCUGGAACAUGUCCUGUGUGCCGCCAUGUGCUUCCUCCUGGGCUCUCAGAGUCAUCCGCUCCCAUAUUCACCUUCUUGCCCGAUCAGGAUUCUACUCCUUCAGUCCAGAGUGCCUCGGGAACACAAUAAAGGAAUACCUGAACAAGAAUUUAGCCCAUCACAUUGUACUGUAAAGUUCUUUUAUUUAAUGAUAACAUGAAAUUGGUUUUGUAUGUGCGCCUGUGUAUGUGGCAUACUGUACACACAUACACAAAAACAUGUAGAAAUUCCAACACACACAUUUUGCAAGAAUAUACAGCUUACGAAAUGGUUUAGAAUUAAAGUAAGAAUAACAGACUGAAAAACAAAAAGGUUGCACUAGUUUUCUGCGAUAAACCUAUUGCUCUUAACUAAUGUCUAAUGGUAAUUAUUCAGUUUGUCUUGAAAAAUGAUCAUUAAUGUGGCACUUAUAUUCAAAGUAAUGCAGCUGCAGUGCAGUUGGAGCUUACACAAGUUAUGCAUAUGAUAUGUUUUACAUAAUAUAAUUUUAGAGGCUGGGGUUAUUUCUUUUAAAAUAGUGCCACUUAAUUACUUUGUAUAUAACUCUUUCAUAUUUGCAUCAAAUGUGAAGAUGUUCUGUGAUAACAUCAGUAGCAUACUUUGGUUUCACUGAAAAUAAACAGCAUAUAAUCAAAGAAUUACCCUGUGAUUUCAUCAUGACCUCUGUGUGCAUGAGAGCUUUUGUGACUAGUAAAAAUAGGUUUAAUUUGGAUUAUUUUACACAGUUCAAAAUCUGCACUUUCACAUUCCCGUUAUAAGAAUUGAGGAAAAAGCAAUAGAAUUAUAGAAGGAUUAUAGAGCUAAAUGACUUGAUAUUAGAAGAAUCAGCAACAGCCUUUCAUUGGAGCGACAGGAGUUGAAAUCAGGAUAGGCACAUUUUCAUAAGUACAAGUAUUGCAAAGCUGUAAUAUCCAUAUAAUACUGAUACACAAUGGAAAUCAGGUGAGCUGUUAUUAGAACACCAAAAUAGCCUUGCAUUGCAUUUUCUUAAUGUAUUUAGUCUCUGCCUCCUUAUAAUAUUGUUUUGAGUGAAACUGCAGUUCAUUUCAGUAAAAUACUGAAAUAACCUAUUAACUGUAUUCACUACUAUAUAUUACGGAGAGAUUAAUCAAAACAAAAGUUUUUGAGUGUUAGAAAUUAGUUUCUUAAUAAUUAAAUAGAGAUAUAGCAUACAUUAAAUGGAGAUAGGGUAUAGGUUAUUUUAUUGUACAGUGCCAUAAGAUAUGCUUUCAAAGGUCCUACGCAGGUCUUUUUCAAUUAAUUUAAUAUUAGCUGGAUUGAGCCUUUAUAGAAAAAGAGUCUAUUUAAUGACUACAUUUUUUUCUUCUUCACUGUAUUUAGAAUCUAUUUUCCAUUUUUUUCCAGGAAAAAUACAUUUUGCAAUAAAACAAGCACAGUGAAGGAUUAUGGGGGUGGAAAUCAGUGAGGGAAUAAUCCAGUGUUUUACCCACAAGGCUAUCAGCUAACAAUUUCUAGGGUAGAAGAGAAAAACAGUUGGGCUCUGUUUCAAAAUGGAAUAGACUAAUUAUUAUUAAGACUUCCAGAGCAUUAUUGCACUCCCAUUCUUGCAUUGCUGAAGAGACAACCUUACAAUUUUUUCAGGACUAAAGGAAAAGGAAAUUAUGUUCUCAGUUGCCUAGUUACAAGAUGUUUUCUUUCAUCUUUUCUAAAAAGACCAGGUAAAAAUUCAUAGACUAUUUGGUGCAGAAAAACAAACUUUAGCAUAGUGGACAUUAAGAUGAAUUCCGUUUUUAGCCACAGAAGGCUAAGUUCCCCUGGCUUCUUGGUGACAUAAAUCUAUGAUGACAAACAUUGGGCAUUUUCUAUUCUCAGCAAUAUAAAAGAUGCUUCGUGAAAAUUAAAUUUCAUAGACUUCCCAAAUAAACAGGCAUUCUGCAAUUAAACUGUAUUGCAACUGUGUGACUUUUUGUACAAGUAUAUAAACUAGGGAUAUGAUUAAAAUAUAUGAUCAUACAGCUCACAUAUCUUCCGUAUUGAAGAAAUAAAGCUGCAGAGAACUACAUUCUGCUCUUUCUAUCUUCAUUAGGAUACCCUCACAAGUCUAAGUGCUAUUGCUAUUACUAAGCAGGCUUACGUGCUUUAUUGCUUUAACAUCUUACAGAUUCCAAUGUUUAAAGAAGUACCUUUAAACAAUAUUAUGACAAUGGUUAAUUAAGUUGUAAUUACCUGUAAACUGACGAGUAAGCAUACAGCAGAUUCCAUGUUGUAAUGUUUCUUUCAAUUUGAGGACGUAAAGUCUGUAAGUUGAACUCGAAAGAAGCAAAAAACAGCUUUCUUUAAACUUCAUAGGAGAUAAAUACAAAGACUGAUCCUAGCACCUGUGACGAGCUAUUAAUCUUAUGGAAAACUCAGUAAACAGAGUACACAAGUUACUGUGUCAUUUAUGUUAAUUUUCCACCCUGCAUUUUUGCAUCUGAACAUCCAUUCAACCAGUACUGUAUCUAUAGAAACAGAAACAGAAUCUUAGGUAAUGAUUGCCAUGAGAAUAUGGGAACAAAUUUUAUAUUCUUGUCUGGUCAUACAAACAGGGAGAUAUAUAUAUAUAUAUUUCUGCCUUUUAAGAUACCUUUACAGGGAGGAUAUCUGAGAAGUGGGUGUGGCUCACCGAUGACGCCUUAAAAGGCAGAAAUAGCUAUCUGAGUCUCCCAGAGAGCAACACAGAGUUGCAGUUUGUCAGCAGAAAAAAGGCCCAGAAACUUGUGAAUGAGAUUUCACAGAACCAGGGCUGUAGAACAACUUAGUUUACGUAGGUAAAACCUGGCUACACUGUAUACACACACCCUGUUUUCCCCCAAAUAAGACAUCCCCUGAUAAUAAGCCCAAUCGGGCUUUUGAGUGCACGGCAAUAAGGCCAAGCGCUUAUUUCAGGGUUCAAAAAAAUAUAAGACAGGGUCUUUUUUUCGCGAAAACAUGGUAUAUGCAAUGUAACCGAAGUAAAUAAAGUCAAUAGUGUUAGAAAGCAAAAAAGCAGGGUUAGUAGCCAUAAAUUUUGGGUUCCUCUUGUCCAUCCGGAGAUUUCAUCUCAAUAAAAUGGCUGCAACUCUCAGCCAAUCCUAACCAUUUACAACCAGAAGCUACUGUACAUAGAGAAGAAAAGUUUGUAAUUCUCUCCAUUGAUAGAAGAAAGGUUCUGUACUAUCAAGAUUUCAACCAUUUGAAUUGGGGUGCUGAAAGUUCUGUUGAAAAAUAAUGCAUCUACUAGAUGUUGAGUGCUCAGGGAAAUAGCUUUUAGCAGGCAAAUAAUGAGUCCACCAAUCCAAGAGCUGAUUUGGACCAAUAGGAACUAUUCACUAUUUCUAAAUCUAAAUUAUUUGGGCUUGUGUGGCUCUAGUAUUAGAUUAGCUUUUUCUUGUUUUGUCCUAAUGCUACCAUCAGUUUUAUUUCCUAGAAAACUUACUUUCUGGAUAAUAGCCUUUUGGAUGAUGUCUAUAUAAACUUAACAUGUUGCCUUUUAUAAAUAUUGAAGUAAGUCCCAAAUACUGCAAGCAGCAUUUUCCUCUACAGAAAUCCUUUGGCAUGCUGCUUCAGCCGUAGGUAAACUGCCUUUCCUCUGUUGUCUCUAAAACUUUGACCCCCUUUCAUUAGAAAUCAAUUUUUUCUUGGCCUGUAAAACUCUCGUUCACAGCUUUAAUAUUUCACUAGAGUGUCAUUUCAUCCAAAUUUGAAUUUGAGAAUUUUCUUUUAGCCUUUUCUGUCCUUAGGAUUAGAAAUAUUAAGUAGGACACCUACAGUGGGUAGAGUUGAUUAUAUUGUGGGUGUAUUUCUAUUGUUACCAGAUGUAUAGCCCACCUUUCCGUUACAAGCUAAAAAUGACAUGUAUAAGCAUUCUGCAAACUUGCAAAACAUGUUAGGCUAAGGGAGAUGGUGGGCCCAAGGUCACCUAUUGGGCCUUCAUAGCUAAGGUUGGACUUGAUUAGACCAAUUUAACCAGGAUGCCACAUGGGUUUUAUUGUUUGAACAGGUGCCUCAGAUUUUGUGUAGGCUAAAGGCCCAAUAGAGACCUUUUAAAUCAGAGGUCUUCAAACUUGGCCGCUUUAAGACUUGUGGGCUUCAAUUCCCAGCAUAGCUGGCUGGAGAAUUCUGGGAGUUGAAGUCCACAAGUCUUAAAGCGGCCAAGUUUGGGGACCCAUGUUUUAAAUGAUAGCUUUCCUCAAAUUAAGAUAAAGAACAACUGAGCACAACAGAUACCAUGUGCUCCUGCAAGAUGAUACCAGUUUCACCCUUUCAAUCCUAGUACACGCCUCCAUUCUAGUUACAUCAAUCUUUAGCUACAAUCCCUUUAAGCUCUUAGAAGGAUAUAAGCCUCUUGGAAUUACUUCCCUAGCUUUAAAAAGUUGCACAACCUUGUGCUAUGAUGUGAGCAUGUAAACUAAAUUAACUUUCUCUGUAAAAUUGAACUCCUUUCUCCAUGCUUUCUGGUUGUGUGUAAAAAAUAAAUAAAUAAAUUGUUUGUUUGAAUAUUAA